AUGUCAAUUACUGUUCGCAGGGCCAGGACCGCCACCCUCAGUGCCAUCCACAUGUCGUUCAACACCUUCCGCUUCCUCUGUCCCUUCUUCUCCGCCUCUGCCCCUUCUUCUCCGCCUCUGCCUCUUGCCCCCCCGCCCUUUCUCCGGCCACAACCGCCUCUCGGUGUUCUUUCCCUAUCCAUCGCCCUCUCGCGUUCUCUCUCCUCUGUGCGCGAUGAAUUCGAAGCUGAGAGAUCGAGCAGCGUCACUGAGAGGUUCUGGUUGUGUAAACAGAACGGCUGGAGGGCUGUUACGUUGACAGUCAUCCUGUACGCACAAAACGAAAGCACAUGA